CUCCAUCUCCACCUUUUCUUUUUCCUGUUCUUUCUUCUUUCCCUUCAUUCUUCUGUCUUCCUUGUUAAUUCACAUGACAUCAGUGUUUAUUAGCUAUAAGAUGAUUGCACAGUAUUAUGUUCUAUAUAUAUUCAAAAUGUUUACAGGUGGAGGAACUCAUCUUGCUGCCAACUCACUGUCACACGUUUGUCAAGGGACAUGACCGGCCAUAUUAUUUCCGCCACAACAAUAACAAUUACAAUAAGAACAAUACAUCUCACUCCCGCUGCCUGCCAUGUUCAAGGUCGUCAUACCAGUUUAUUGAAAGCGCACAGGAAUCCUUGCAGAGCAUCAUCACAAACAGCAGGAGCCUAAGGGGAUUGUCUUUAGGAUGCAUUCAAGACCUCACUGACCAAGCUGACAUCUUCCUCCCCCUUUUGGCCCGUCACCAGUCCAGCAGCCUCAACACCCUAUGCUUGGCCUCAGUCAAGUAUGAUCCUGACUCAUAUGCCCUGCUUGACAUCACGCCCGACAACUUUACAUCGUUUACUAAUCUUCAGGUCCUAACCCUAGAUUAUGACUACAUGAGUGAUCGAUUAUUGAGUGUGCUGUCCACUCCCUACAAUGCACCUCUAAGGCGGCUUGUCCUGCAUGUCCAUGGAAUCGACCAAACUCACCGUGGGACAACAGAGUAUAUGUGGUACCGCUUCAAACAACAACACCCACAGUGUUCCUUGGUGAUGAAUUUGAUGCAUUCAUAUGAUGGAGUGGAACAACUUGGCUCUGGACUUUUACACCCAUCCAUGCCCCUCACACACUUCAGGGCUUUCUUCUGUGAGUGGAUCAAUGUAGCAGCUCUUCGCUUGAUGACCAUGUGGUACAGUGAAACGCUACGUCAUCUCACCAUCGUGGAUGCUCUAGACCACAGUGGUUGGGGCAUGCUCACAGAGGGCCGUGACGAUGACCAGGAAACACCAGAUCCACUUGUGAUGUUGGCCUGGAAAUGCAAAAACCUUGAGCACCUUACUCUGUAUGGCUAUGGGUAUGGAGGGAGUGAUGUUGUAGCCAUAGCCCGUCUGCGAGGGGCUGGGCUAAAGGAGCUGCACAUCCCUGAAGAUUGCCUUGAAGCAGAUGAGUCCCAUGAACUUGCUGAUGAGGAAGAUAUCGAGAACAUUGCAGAGGAUGUGUCAGCUGGCCUGAGCAGAACUUGGCGACCUCUGACCCUAUCUGACCUCCAUCCAUGUGUCCGUACCACCAGCAAGAUCUCUGACACUGACCAAUAUAUGCUUUCCAUUGUGCUGUCAGACUCGGUAAUCAGCUGAGAAUUAUGCGAAAGAUGGAAUUUAUUGUGGGAGAAUUCCAGCAUCACAAAAGAGGUAUUGUAUUUCAAAAAAAAAGAAAUUCUCUCUGCAGAACAACAAAGGCAAAAUAGAUGGUGAGGAUUUCUUCUACUGCACUGAAUGAAAAUAUCAGAUUUAGUGCAGGGAUUCACACCUAAUAAUAUGACACAGUUUUUAAAGACACAAAGGUGUAUAUGUGAAAUAUGUGUCGCAGUCCAAUAUGGCUAUUAUGAAGAGAAGAUGUAUAUAUUUGUAUUUUUUUCUUUUUUGAGAGACAUCGCAGGGAAGACUAUUUACAGAUGGGUCUUUUGAUCACUGCCCUCUGUAGAUGUUUCCAUCAAUAUGUUCCUAUAGACAUCCUGAAGAUAAAUACUGGUAUGAGUCAGGACAGCUUCCAUGCUAGACAUUUUAAAUUUUCAUUACAGCAUAACCUUCCAUAUUUAAGAUAUUCAUUUUGUAUUUUAGGGGUAAGUUAUCUCCCUCUUGAGAUAAUACCUUGUUAAAACUGUCCAUGAAGAGUGGACAAUAUUAUCUUCAUUUUGGGUGUCAACAACCUGUUUAUCUGGUCACUAUGAAGCUUCCCAUAAGCUGGAACAGGUUAACAGCUGUUUUAUCUGUAUUGGAGGCAGCCAAAGUCUGGAAGCACAUAACUGGAGGCUUUCCUAAAAUCUGUGAUUUGAUAUUUUUCUUGUGUAUGUAUGUAGAAGUAUACUCAAAACCAAGACAACUAUAAACAUUAAUUGCAACUGUGUACGAUGGCAGAAGAACAGACCUAUUUCUAUUUAGAUGAUUUUAGAAAAGCUUUAAAAGAAAUUAUUUUCUUGGAAACAUUUUAUCUUAAGAUCAUUGUUCAGUAGAACAGUUAUGGUUUCAAAGAACUUUAGUGUGCAAUAAUAAAGAUCUUAUGCAAUAUGUAUUUGAGAAGCUAGCACAAGGACUGCAUACAGUUAGAUUACUGAGAGAGAACAGUCUGCCUUCAACUUUAAAAUGUCAGUAAGCAUCUUUGAAUCUCCUCUCAGAUAGUUAACAAUAUGUCUCUGCAGUCUGAGAGUUAACAUCUUGAUUUUAAGAAUAACAUUAUAAGCUAUAGGAUUUUUUAUGAGUCAGCCAAACUUGUUUGAAGAUAAGAUAUAGAAGGGACAAAAUAUAACAUCCUUAGUUGUAUUUUUCUUUUGAAGAGUUUAGUUUUAUUUAGUAAUAUUUUUUCAUGUAUAUAUAGAUAUUGGUUAAGUUACAGGAAUUUAUGUGAUAGAAGUAACAAUUCCACUUACAUUUUAAAUGCCAACAGGAUAAAUAAAAGCAUAAGUAGUACUAAUCCUCUGGAAUAAAAUGUUGUUCUUUGAUAGCGGGAUGAUCUUAGGUGUGUGUGUAAGUGUACAUUGUUGUCAAAGAGAACCUUUGGAGUGAUUGAUUGAGUGAAAUGCAAAUGGGAAAGGGAAUUUGAAAGUAGAGGAAAGGAGAGGAGAGAAAUAAUUUUGCUUUACAGUCAUUCUAUUUCUUGAUGUAGCAUUUCCCUGUAUUUUGAUUAUUCUCGAAAAGUUAUCCUUGAACAUUAAGUAAAUUGCACUGCGUCUUUUCUUUAUGAACUGCAUGGGACUAAAUAUUGUAUAGUGUUUCACAUUCCAGAUUUCUUCUGAGAAGAAUUUAUUACCUUUAUUUUUCAGUGUGAGACACAAAGAGCAUAAACAGUUGGCAGAAGAAAGGCACAAACUCAUAGGAAGUUAGUGUUCAGAAGGGGAAUUCAAAGUUUUUAUUAACUUUCUUUAUUAAUUUAUUUUUGGCCAGCAGCUCUUCCUGUUCUUUUUUAGAAAGCUUGAACAGGAAGGAUGUUAUUCACACUAAAGUCACCUGUAGUAAAAUUUCCUUUCAAUGAAAUCAUGCCAAAGACAAUCAAACAUGGUCAAUAUAGAUUCUAUUUUAUGAUCUGUAUCAUUGAUUUUUUCCCCACUUUCUGUUUAAGUCCCUAGAUGGUUAAAAGAAUAGAAGCCAAACUUAUCUAAGAAAAUGCAGAAUUCAUCAGGAGUUGUUUCCAUUGAUUUUAGAAACACGCUGUUAUAUGCAUACUGGAUAACCUUAAGAUAUGGGAAGUCUUUGGAGAAGUGAUAUUUCUAAAAAUCUUUUUAAGUUUAGCCAAUUGGGUUUACUUUUUCUGAGAAUCAGAGAGCUACUAUAAGAGCUUUGUGCACAAGUGGAAGAGAAAAGGAGCACUAUCAAGUCCAGGAUUUUAGUGGGUAUAAAGAAAAAGAGGAAUUUGCAGUUAUAGGAACCUUUGUUUAAUUCUCUUUUGUUCUUGUUAGUGACGUGGUGUCAGGCAUGGUUCAGUUUCUUUUAUUUACUUAUUGCGUAGUCCAUUGCCUGCCUUUAUUUUUUCCUGCUUCUCUACCUCCUCCUCCUCCCAAGUUUGCUCCUCAAGUAAAGAAAAACAAGGAGAAAAUAAGAUAGGAUUUUGACAAAACAUACAAUACAGCUGACACACCCAGAUACCCAGUCAUAUAAUAGGAAAUCCAACUUUAAUCUUAAUGGAAAUGUCACACUGACUGGCAUAAUAUAUGCAGAGGUGUGUGUUUUCUUUUCUCUUUAUAUUUUUGUUAUUAUUAUUAUUAUUAUUAUUAUUAUUUUUUAUUUAUU